GACUUUGUCCUGUGAACUUCGUCGCGCUGGAAAGUCCUUUGAAACUUUCACAUUUCUCCUUUUUUGGUGUGAGUGCUACGUGUUUUGUGUGCGCGCUUCUGUGUGUGUGUGUGUGUGUGUCUGUGUAAGGGCGCCAAGUUUUGUCGGUGAGACUUUAGCCACCAGUAAACAACAACAAAACAGAGACAUUGACAAAAAAAAAAAAGGAAAAGGACAAAGGACAAUUGAGCCUGCGGCCAGGGAAACCGCAAUCAAAAAUUGUAAACAAACUCUGGAAAUUGAGAAAAAUCAACAAAGGAAGACGACGCCGCCAAGUAGGCAACGAUUCCGCUGCUAGCCAACAUGGAAAUGGACGUUAAUCGCCCGACCGGCCGCCAUGGCAACCUAAUGACCAUUUCCGCCCGCUGCUCCAACAACAACGAGCAGGCCGUCCUAGCAAACGCCACGACAUUGGCAGGAAGUGAGCCAACUUCCGGCGGCUGUUGCGGCAUCUUGAGCCGCCUCCUGUGUGUGAGCCGCCAUAAGGCCACCCAAUCGGUGGCAGGCACCGGUGAUCCCCUUUCCCAGCUGCAACUGCAGCGCAAAGGAGCAGCAACAACAACAGCAGCUGCUGCUGCUGCUGCCAUUUCCGGCCAACGACGCCGACGCACGCCGCAGGAAAUCUACUUCGAGAGUCGCGGCAAGUCCUGCAAGAAGCUAUUGAAAUUCAAUGGUAAUUCCAACAAGAUAUUGCUGUACCCCGAGGAGGGUUGGGCGAGGACGGCAUCGUCCAGUUACUGGACCAUCACGCCCUGCUUUUGGCAGCCCAAUCGCUGUCGCAUCGUGGAGUGCUCCGGAACCCAGCGGCGCGCGACAAAAGCACGGAUGCUGCCGCUGGAGCAGCAGGGCUCCCUCCUGAUUGCCGGACACUUUCGCCGGACAACGGCCACGGACGGGGGGGCCUCAUCGCCGGCGGGGGGCGGGGCUCCGGGCUCCAGAUCGGUGGCUGCCACGCCCACACCUGCAACACCUGCCACUGCAAAUGCGGGGGCAGCCGCAAUCCGGACGGGGGCAAUGGGCUGUGACAAGUCACAGCCCGCGUGGAACGACGAGUUCAAGCUGUAUCUGACGUCCAACAUCUCGAUGGAGGACUACAACAUGGGCUACUGCCUCACCGGAUUCGUGGAGCGCCGUUGCCAGGUGACAAACACCUUCCAGAUGACUCACUUUGCGGUCAUCAAGCGCCAGUGGCCACCGUCGCCGUCCAAUUUGGGCAACUCCUAAGGCCCCUGAGACACACCCACUUUUGUAAUUGUGAUCCGAUCUUUUGUUUCGAAUUGGAAGCAAAAUGAAAUUAUAUAAAAACGACUCUAGCUGUUUUCAUUUUCAGAGAGUUUGAGGAAAUUUAACUGGCGAAAUAUUUGCUUAUUUACAGCAAGCCAAUUAUAUUAAAUUGCUUUUCCAGAAAAAAUUACAUUCGUUUAUUUAAAUUUUAAAUUAAAUUUUAAAACUUCAGAAAUCAUUUGAAAUUUGAUUUUUUGAGUACUUAGAUAACUAAGGUUUCUAAAGCGAUUUUAUUACUUUACUACUUUUCUAUUCUUUUUAUAAAACAAUACAAUUGUAUCAAAAAUUUUGAAAGUGAAAAUAGCUUCAUGUCUUAUAGAUACCAUUUAAGUUGUUAGCAUUUAAGUAAAGCCAAAUCUUUGUUGUGCAAUCUUGAACUAAAAUCAAAAGAAACUUUGGAAAAAUCUAUAGACAAUGUAAAAAUAAAUUUCGGAGGCCUCAGAAACCGAUAGCCACUAGAUCAUAAUGCUUAGAAAACUAAUGACACAAAGAAUCUUUAAGGGCGUACAGUAUUUGCUCUAAUUGAACGAAAUUUUCUGCAUGUUUAGUGCGUAAAUUGUAAUUUUAACUAAAUGUGCAAGAGAAAACCGAAAAAAAUACGAAAACUAGAAAACCAAAACAAAAACAAAAACUUUACGUGUGCUUUCAAUGUUGUGUAUUAUGAAAAACGGAAACAAACCGAAAAAAAACCAAAUACUAGUAACUGCUAAAUGCUAAUUGAAACUAAACCGCUUUGCCAGCUCAAACACAAACACACAUAGGCACCCACUCACACACUCGCACACUUAAGCUUGGGCAGCUACUUAAUGCUUCAAAAAAGUGCAACAAAUUGAAACUUGUGCUUGUCGAAGCAUGUGAUUGUGAGUGCUCCACUAUAAGCUGCUAUAGUAUAUUUACGAGCCUGUGUGCGUAUUCGAGUAAUGGUGUGUGUGUGCGUGUGUAUGUGUGAGUGUGCUGGUACUCUUUUCUACUACAUACAAAUAUGUACUUUAACGGCCAUGUUUGCGAAACCUAUUGCCUUUAAGCUUUAAAAUAUAAGCUCAACUCAACGCAGGCAAACAAGUCAACAGCUUCGAGCGAUGGCCAUUGGCACUAAACAGCAGCUUAAUAACAACUGAACAUCAAACUCAAUUAUUUAACGAGCUGCUUAGGAAAAGCAAACAUGACUUUCGCUUUAAACUUUAAUGUUGUCAUAAUUAUGGUUUUCUUUAAGCUGAUUACUUGAAUUUGAACAAAACAAUAUCAUUUUCUGCAGGUUGCAUGGUCACACUGCGCCUGAAGUGUUUUUCUUUGUGGUUUGGCCACACCGCACCGCAAAUUGACCUUUCUGGUCUAGUUUUGUAAUAAAUUAAAAGUACUGCUGAUUAGUGUCACCAGCCAUUGAGCCUAGUCUAUAAACGAAGUUUGUCAACUCUACGCUAAUCUAAGAAACUAAGCCCCCAAAUCUCUCUAUCUCUCUCUAACUAACACACCCACUGACCCACUCAUGCUACGGCUCUGUCCCUCUCAUUCACUCACUUUGAGCAUGAUACGCAACGUAUAUCAACAAUUCGUCCAAUAAUUGGAGACUUUCGGCGCCACAAAUUGCCAAGUGUCAAGUUGGCAAGGCCAGAGCUCCAAUUGCCAAAAACCCUAAGUGUUAAAAAACAAAGAAACCAAAACGUAAAGAAAACCAAAGCUAAGUCAAAACUCAAUGUAGUGUCUAAGUGAUAGUUUAAAAAUCAAUAUUUACAAGCUAGAAAAUAAAUCUAUAUAUAAAUAUAUAUAUAUAUAUAUAUCUAUAUAUUUGUGUGUAGGCUAAACAUUUUUUCGUAUAUAUCGGUGUAUUUAUAUAACUGUAUUGCGAUUACAUAUACAAUAACAUUUUUGCUGUAGUUCGCAUAGCUCGCUUUUAGGCGCUUUUACACGCAAGCGAAUAAGGCCGACAACCUCUCGAAUCUCUUAUUUGCUUCAGACAGAUCUCCCUGCCACUUUACUCCUAAAACUAAUUGAUAUUUAAGUAUCAGGUACCUGCCAGAAUCAACAACAAGAACAACAACAAAAACAACCAAAUAAACAAGAUAAAUAUAUCAUAAAUAUUUAUUGAGCAAUUAUGUCU